AUGUAUGCCUUACAGCCCAUGAACGAGCAGGAACGUCUUGUUGGCGAGGAUCCUGAGCUCGCUGACGACGCCUCAGACAGAGAAAGCCAGCAGCAGGUGCAGAUUUGCCGUGCAGUCCGGCACGGCUUAUUGGCAGUCGCAGUCUUCGGGUUCAUUGGCCUUGCCUGUCUUCAUCUUUCCGGGAGCCAGGCUUUGAAGUCCUCGGUGGCAGACCCGCAGGUCAAAGCAGGAAUCUAUGGCAAUGGUGCCUGGGGGGCGCAGCCGGCAGCGCAGACGCAAGCCGCACCCACGGCAGCUGUUGCCACGCCAGCUGUUGCCGUGCCAGCAGUCGCUGCGCCUGUUACGGCCGCCCCGGUUGCUGCACCGGCCAUCGAGAUAGUCACCACCGAGCCAGAGCAUGCCGUUAUCAACAAGCAGAUUAACUCGGUGAAUGAGCUCACGGGCGGCACUGGCGUUUCGAAGAUUGUCAGCGCACAGUCCGCAAACAAUCCGCUGGCGCCAAGUGAGAACUUGGCCGAUGGCAAUGAGUGCUCCGAUGAUGAGGAGGAAUUCCAGGGCAUGUGCUACAAACAGUGCGCCAUCUUAACAAACGGCGAGAUGACGAAGCGAGUCAGUGCCUUCGAAUGUUCAAAAGAGGCGGGCUUCAUGGGGGUCUUCAAGGGGAAGACCGAAGGCUUCCCGAUGCCAUGCCAGGGCUUUGACGUUGCCGGCGAUGAGGCCGGGGGCGGCUGCCCGCAUAAGAAAGGAGCCUGCCUGAAGGAUGAAGAGCUGUACCUGGGCAAGUGCUUCAAAAAAUGUUCAAGCCUGACUGGAAACAAGUACAUGAUCCGAACUGGCGCCGAAACUUGCUGCAGCAGUGAGAACGUGUUUGCGUGCAUGAGCCCCACCAACACGAAGUUCUCUCCUGACUUCAACGUCGGAGGAGGCAUGUCCAGCAAGGAGUCCCAGCCUCACAGCCCCGAAGUGAAGCUGACUGAGGCAAGGUGA